CAGACCAGUUGUAGCAGUGGAGUUGGUAUCAUCUCCAGUCUACCAGCAACAAGCCUGACCGCCGUGCCACCAACACGGUGCGCAGACACAGAAAAUGCCCCCGAAGUAAGUGUGGAGGACGGCACGGACUGUCCGGACAUCACCGUUGGAUUCCCUGGAGGUGCUCACACCGACAGACACCAGUCCCCGGUUCCGUAUCCGCAGCAUUAGGCCUCAUGGAGCUGGGGACUCAACGACUGCUGUGCACCAGGGAGCUUGAUCCAUGCCUGGUUCCCAGCAAACGACCAUAAAGGGCGGGAACCUUAAUUACCCUUCAGAUCCUUUUUCCCAUCCCUCCCCCUAAAUUUCCCCUGUGGUGAUACUGUCCUGUACCGACUGUGGCCCUCAACAUGAUUGGCAAGCUAAAACAGAACUUGCUGGUGGCCUGUCUGGUCGUCAGCUCGGUCACGGUCUUCUACCUGGGCCGCCACGCCAUGGAGUGCCACCAUCGCAUCGAGGAGCGCAGCCAGCCGGGUGGGAUCCUGCCUCUGUCGGCUAUUGGUGGCAGCAUGCGGACCACUUUACGGACAGGGCAGAAUCUCAGCACGCCUUUUGUUUACAGCAAAGACAUGCCACUCAUCUUCAUCGGUGGCGUGCCCCGCAGUGGGACCACACUAAUGCGAGCAAUGCUGGACGCCCACCCUGAGGUGCGUUGUGGUGAAGAAACCCGUGUCAUACCUCGUAUACUAGCUAUGAAGCAGAUGUGGAGCCGCUCUGGCCGAGAGAAGAUGCGCUUGGACGAGGCUGGUGUGACAGAUGAGGUGCUGGACGCCGCCAUGCAGGCCUUCCUGCUGGAAAUCAUUGUCAAACAUGGCGAGCCAGCCAAUUUCCUUUGUAACAAGGACCCUUUUGCGCUGAAGUCGCUUUCCUACCUGGCCAAGAUCUUCCCCCGUGCCAAGUUUGUGCUUAUGAUUCGUGACGGUCGGGCGUCCGUUCACUCAAUGAUCUCUCGGAAGGUGACCAUCGCUGGGUUUGACUUAGGCAGCUACCGGGACUGCCUGACCAAGUGGAAUCGGGCCAUAGAGACUAUGUACACUCAGUGCCUGGAGGUGGCUGACAAAUGUCUGCCUGUGCACUAUGAACAGUUGGUCCUCCAUCCUGAGAAAUGGAUGAGGACACUGCUGAAAUUCCUUGACAUUCCUUGGAAUGAUGCUGUCCUCCAUCAUGAGGAGCUCAUUGGAAAAGCUGGAGGAGUGUCUCUUUCCAAGGUGGAGCGGUCCACAGACCAGGUCAUUAAACCCGUGAAUGUGGAGGCCUUGUCCAAGUGGGUGGGGAAGAUCCCAGCUGACGUGGUGAGGGACAUGGCCGUCAUUGCCCCCAUGCUGUCCAGGCUGGGCUAUGACCCCCACGCCAACCCUCCAAACUAUGGCCGGCCUGACCCCAAGGUCCUGGACAACACCAGGAGGGUCUUUAAAGGUGAAUUUCAGCUACCAGAUUUCCUUAAAGAACAGUCACAGAUCCAAAAGUCUGCAGAGAGACCCAACCCCAGUUAGGAGAAGGAGCACCAUCACCACAACACAAAGUACAGGACUCGACUCAGUACAGUGGAGCAGAAAAUCAUGUCCAUCAUCUCACCCAUUUCACUGUUUGUCUGUGUUGGGCGUCGGCACAUGUAAAGGUCAUGUGUCCACGGUUGGACUCGACAGCGUCAGCGCCCUCUCCUCAUCUACAGAGAACUCUUGGCCUUCAGUGGUGUACUGUACAAAUAAAAAAAAUAAAACAAAAGAAGAAUGGUUCUUACAACCACAGAAUGUCUGCUGAUUGUUACUUUUUGUGUCAUGUCAUAACUCAUUGAUUUUUAGAGAUUAUUUUCUGGCUGUUAGAGAAACCAUCUCGUGAUUCUGUUGUAAGAAACUAUAGUGAACUUAAAUCGCAACGCGUAUUUAUGAAUGGAGAAAUUAGCUUUUGGAAGAUGCAAUACCUAUUUUAAUGUUUAAUUUUUUUCAUGCCUUUGUAUUGUGCAAUGUCAUGGGUACUGAUCAGUUUUAAGUAUCAACCGUGAUAAACUGCUUUUUUAAAAAAAAAAACA